UGUCCCUUCAUAAAUCCCCUAUAAAUAACUUCCCAAAGCCACAUUGGUUUUGUGUCAAAAUUCGACCAAAUCCAUUCUUCUUCUUCUUCGAUGGAGAAGGAUGGGAAAAUGAUUGGUGUUUUCUCAGAAGCAGAGGAAUAUUCCUCAGAGUUGGAUAUUGCUGUUAGAGCAGUUCAGUUGGCAUGCUCCCUCUGUCAGAAAAUGCAAGACACUCUUUCCAAGUCUAGGAGCAAAGAUCAGGUCCCAACCAUGGAUGACAAUUUCCCAGUCACAGUUGCAGUUUGGAGUGUCAAAGCAAUUGUCAGCUGGAUAUUGUCUGAGUGUUUAGGAGGUGAAAACAUCUCAAUUUUAGCUGAAGAGGAUGUUCAUCAGACUCUCUCCAAUAAUAAUGCAUCAGAACUCUUAAAAUCUGUGGUUAAAACUGUGAAUGAAUGUCUAGCCGAAGCGCCUCGAUUUGGAGUUGAAGAGCCAAAAUCACCUCUUGGAACUUCAGAGCUUCUUGAAAUCAUUAGUAAAUUCAACACAGUUGGAAGUCCUUCUGGAAGAUUUUGGGCACUUGAUCCUCUUGAUGGUACAUUUGGGUUUGUUGGUGGAGAUCAAUAUGCUGUAGCUCUAUCACUCAUAGAAGAUGGAGAAGUGGUUCUUGGUGUUCUUGGGUGUCCUAACUACCCAAUGAGAAAGGACUGGUUGAGUUAUCAAAGCAGCUAUCAGAGGAUUAUGUCCAAGUUGAAUCCUUCAAACUCUGAAACUUGGAAUAAAGGUUGUGUUAUUUAUGCUAAAAGGGGUAAUGGAAAGGCUUGGAUUCAGCCACUGCUCCAUACUAAUAAGAAGUUUAUGUGGCCAAACAGUGCAAAACCAGUUUCUGUCUCUUCCAAUGAAGAUCCAGUAUUGGCCACUUUCUGUGAAACAUUUGAGAAUGCCAAUUCAAACCACUCUUUUACUGAAGGACUGGCUCAUAGUGUUGGCCUCAGUGACCAGCCAUUGAGAGUACACAGCAUGGUGAAAUAUGCUGCAAUUGCUUGUGGGGAUGCAGAGGUUUUCAUGAAGUUUGCAAGGGCUGGUCAGAAGGAGAAGAUAUGGGAUCAUGCUGCUGGUGUUAUCAUCAUUCAGGAGGCUGGAGGCAUGGUAACUGAUGCUGGUGGGGAUCCCUUGGACUUCACAAAUGGUUCAUGUUUAGAAGGGCUUGAUCGUGGUAUAGUUGCCUGUGCUGGAGCCACAUUACAUGAAAAGAUCAUUGAUUCUGUUGAUGCUAGCUGGGCCUCUUCUUGCCUUUGAGAUUGUUUCUAAUUAUCUACUUGUGUAUUACAAAUUGUGGUUAUAUCAAUAAUAUUUGAUAUUUUCUUUUCUGUUUUACACAAAUAUCAUACAAACCGGAUUUGGGUUCCCUGCAGUCCGAAAAUCCAGCAUGCUUGCCGUCAAGUGUUUUUAGCCACAUGACCACAGAUCAAACCAUACCAAUUUUAAGUUGUAAUAGGUACUUUAGAAUGAUAACUCAAAAUGUAAGUCAUCGGACAACUCAACAUGCUUGAAUGUGUGAAUGCGCGACUCAAUUAAGUGCAGGGAAUCUAAAUCCUUAGAAAUCCUUUUUGCUUGAUG